CCAUUCAAAACCAGCAGAGGGAAAGCGUCUGCCUGUGUCCAUCACUUUACGAAAGCAUCAUCCAACCGCCAGCACCACUUACUCACCAACAAGCUGUCCUGCAGAAAAGCCCUCAAGAUGGCCCCUAUCUCCAUCAGGACCGUGUUAAUCAGUGAAAGUGUGGACCCUCGCUGCAGGACGAUUCUGGAGCAAAAUGGCAUCCGAGUUACGGAAAAACAGAGCAUGAAGAAGGAUGAAUUACUGGCGGAGAUCAAGGACUAUGAUGGCCUCGUGGUUAGAUCUGCGACGAAGGUGACCGCUGAUGUCAUCAAUGCUGCUGAUAAUCUCAAAAUCAUUGGGAGAGCUGGAACUGGUGUGGACAAUGUCGAUGUUGACGCUGCAACCAAAAAGGGUAUUAUUGUCAUGAACACACCGAGCGGAAACACGAUCAGUGCCGCCGAGCUGACAUGUGCUCUCCUAAUGAGCCUCUCAAGAAAUGUACCUCAAGCUGCGAUGUCGAUGAAACAAGGGAACUGGGAUCGCAAAAAGUUCAUGGGUGCAGAGCUGUACGGCAAAGUGCUUGGAAUAGUUGGACUCGGAAGAAUAGGAAAAGAAGUCGCUUCAAGAAUGCAAUCAUUUGGCAUGAGGACAAUUGGCUACGAUCCAAUCACUCCUCCUGAGGUGUCAGCCAGCUGGGGGGUGGAGCAGAUGUCUCUGGAGCUGCUCUGGCCGCAGUGUGACUAUAUCACCGUUCACACGCCCUUAAUGCCCGCUACUGUUGGUCUGCUCAAUGAUGAAACAUUUGCUAAAUGCAAAAAAGGAGUGAAGGUUGUGAACUGUGCGCGAGGAGGCAUCAUCGACGAGGCUGCUCUCCUCAGAGCUUUGGAGUCCGGACAGUGUGGAGGAGCAGGGCUUGAUGUCUUUGUUGAGGAGCCUCCAAAGGACCGCUCAUUGGUCGAUCACCCUAACGUCAUCAGCUGUCCUCACCUGGGAGCCAGUACGAAGGAGGCUCAGGCUCGAUGUGGGCAGGACAUCGCUCUGCAGAUUGUAGACAUGGUGACGGGGAAGAAGCUGGUUGGAGCAGUAAAUGCACAGGUUUUGGCCAGCACGUUCUCCCAGGAGUCUCACCAGCUGAUCAAGCUCGGAGAAGCUGUGGGAGCUGUGCUGCAGUCAUGCACUGCCUCUAGGAAACCAUUCAAACAUGUCCAGAUCACGACUCAAGGCGAUUGCAUGAAGUCCUCCACUGGUUACAUGACUUCAUCAGUACUGGUUGGACUGCUGAACCAUGAAUCAGGAUGCUGCCCAAACCUCAUCAACGUACUGAGCGUAGCCAAGGAGUCUGGAGUCACGGUAAACCAGACUCACUGUGACUCAGAGGGAGCUGCCAGUGGCGUGUGCAAGGUGCAGGUCGAGGCUAAUGGCUGCAGCUACAAAGCCGUCGGGUCAGUUCAGGGUGGCGUGCCGGUCCUGCUGGAGCUGAGCGACAGUGUGUUUAGACAGCCGGUCUCUCUCACUGGAAACCUGCUGUUCUUCAAGGCCUCCGCAAGUCCGCAGCUCCUGUCCUCAGUGGCUGGAGUUCUGGCCGCUGAAGGAGUGGAGAUUUUGUCCUUCAGUGCUCCCGCAGACCGCACUGGUGAUCUGUGGUAUUGUGUGGGGGUGUCCUCUCUCCCGCAAGACCUCAGUGCCUUAAAGCCUUUGGUUAAAGAGGCUGCACAGCUCGUCAUUUAAAUGACAGCAGCAAUGCUGUCUGAAAGUCUUAGCAUCUCCGAGAGUGUCUAAAGUUUAUCUAUCUUGGUCUUAGCGUUUACAACUAACAACUUUGUUUAGAAGUUGAACAUUUGCAUUACAAAACUUUCAUUUCGAUAACAUUCCAGUGUUUAGAUGCUUUACGUGCACUUUGUUGAAGUGAAAAAUAAUGUUUCAGCAUCAUUCUGUUCCGUUAAUUGUUUGACCUUUUCAGUGAAGAGGUGUAAAAUAAAAUACACUUACUAAA